UUAUUUUUUGUCGUUAUGGCGCCCUCUACUGGUUGUCGUUCACUUGACUGUCGCACUCACUGAGAAAGUACUUCGGUCUAUUUCCUCUCUGAAAUAGAAUACAUGUCGGUGUGCAUAGUAGCGUGCUAUGGUUAAUCAUCUCUACUUUACAAUGAAAAGACUGAAUAAAAUACAAUAUAUUUAGUAGUUUUAAAACUGUUUCCUCAGCGUCACGAGUUUUACUGCUCCCGUCUUCUGCACUGUGAUUGAGUUCACUUCCAUAGCAACCCCUCUGUCGGUAAUUACACACUGAAAGGUCUGGUGACGGCGGGUCAGAGGUGUUCAGGGUUAGGUAUAGAGCCCCCUGGCUGACGUUUCUGGGUGAAUUAUAACUAAGGACAACUGAAGUACAUAAAAGUGAAGAAUGUUGGGGAAGAUGACAACAGAUCUACCUUACAUUACCAUCGAUCAUUUCGAGGACUGUCUGUCUUCUGAUGAUGUUCUGGUGCACUUCUUUAACUGCUUCCUCAGUCUACCUUCGUUCCCUGAGUGUGUACAGUACAACCAGGAGACUGGUGUGUUUGAGGUGGUCAGUGAUGCAGCGGAGGCUCUGUCUAGGAGGAUCAGGUCAGCCGUACAGUACUUUAAAUCACAACCUCUCACUGACCCAACAGAGCUGACUGCUAGACCUGUGGUGGACAACCACUACACUGUUCUGUGCUUGGACAGAGAACAGGGAAUGGAGUGGAUCCUAACAGAAAGACUACCGUUGUUUAUUGAAAGUGACUGCUACUUCGAGUACAGGUUAGCGAAGCUGCUCUCUCAGUGGGGCCCUCAAGGCUGGAACCAGAAGAGGGAUGGUACCUCAGUCCAGCCCCCUGUCACCACAGAGCCUGUCUGUCCUUCCCCUGGGCCCGAUGACAGAGAGACCCUGAUGAAGGUCCUCUAUGUGUCACUGGGACAGGCCUCGGUAACAGACAUGUUGACAAUAGCUAAGGACAAGGACAAGCAGCUGCCUGUCUGUACCCGGUCUGUGAGAACCCCGGUGUGCUCCCUGGGCCGGGAGGGACAGAGGGGUCAGGCCUCAGCCUGCUUCUCCUGCCUCCCUGACUCAGAGUCCUACGCCCUGUCCUCCUCACUCCUCGUCUCCUUUCCUUUCUCCUCUUCGCUCCCGGACUGUCCUCUCUGCUCUUCACUUCUAGACUGGGACAAGAGACGGGGAGAUCACAGCGCAGAGCAGGAGAUGAAAGUCUACCUCACAGAGACAGAGGCAAAGACAGAGAUAGAGGCAGGAACUACAGAUGAGGAUAAUGGGGAACCCAAGCCCCAGAGUCCCGCCUGUUCUACCACUGACGAGGAGACGGUUGGUCCCCACACAGAGAGACCCUGUGAGGGAGGUCCAGCCACCAGCCACAGCAGACUGAAGGAGCAGCAGGGGGAGGGUGGAGGGUCAGAGGAGGAGAAUGACCAUGACCUUGAGUUCUAUGAUGUCACUGCAAGUAUCCAUGGUGAUAGACAGGGCCUUGGUGACUUUAAGGACUUCUUAAAGGGAACACUAGGAGAGAAGCUUUUGCAUCUGUGGAUGGAUAUAGAGAGACUGAAGACCCUACAGGACGACAGGAGUAGAAUCAGGCAUUUGGUCCAGAUGCGUAGCUGCUACCUGCUGACCGGUGGCCAGAGCAGUCUGAAUGGUGAGCUGUUAACCAGACUGGGUCUCUCUACCUCCCCCUGCUGGAGAGAGGACAGACUGCAGAGAGUUCAGCCCCGCGUCACUGAGGCACUGCUCUGCUACUGGGGUCCCAGGUUCAGGAUGAGCCAGAGAGCAGCAAAUCCUCUCAGACUGUCACUGUGGAGGAACGGACAGCUACACCCUCCCUCUGGUGUGAACCCUAACCCUCGUUACAUCAACCUCCACCCCCUCCGGCCUCACACCUCUAUCCCUCGACCUACCAUCCGCCCAGACACCUCUCUUCCCAGAGUCCUUACCCCCACACCAGCUCACACACAGACAGGUUAUGCCAGCAGCAGUCCUGUUGUAGGGGCCUGGAGGAUGGAGAGGAUGUUACAGGCUCUAUGUGUGGACUCACAGGCCGGGUUCUACUUCACACACUACUGUGAACGCUCUGGAAACCCGCUGUGGGAGAAUGCCGUCCACUGCUGGUGUGAUCUGCAGCAGUACCACCAGCUCUUCUACCAAGAUGGACUGGAUCCCUACAGGGUACAGAGACAGGCUCAUUUGCUGUAUUCAACCUACGUGUGCAGUGCUGCCCGUAGUAGCAUUGAGGUGGAGGAGGAGAGCAGAGAGAGGGUGUACACCUGUCUCACUCCCCCGUUUGAGGAGCUGUUUGACUGGGUGGAGGAACACACUCUGACCCUCCUCCUGGAGCCCUGGAUGCUGCUCACCACCAGGGACACAGACACCUUCCAGAAGGUGGCUGUACGGGAGGAGACUCGCCAGGUGGAGUCAGAGCCGUACGGAGAACUGAAGACGCUGUACGAGGAGGCUGUACACAGACUGGAACAGCAUGCUGUGGCCCAGGCCUGCAGGCCCCGUCCUCCACCACUAGAGGUCGCAAGGUCUCCAGCUAUGUGGUCUGCCGUCCCAGAGAGGUACAGAGGGUACAGGUUGGGCUCUCUGCUAGGACACCGCACGGAGCUACAACACUUCACAUCCUUCCUACAGGACAACACCGCCAGUAUACACCUGGCUUGCUGGCAGGACAUAGAGAAUUACAGGAGAAUCCCCCAUAAAGACAAGGCCCAGAGAGAGGACAAGUCCAGACUCAUUAAGGACAAAUACCUCAAUAGGAAAUACUUCUUUGGGCCUGACAGUCCUGCCACCAGACAACAACAGGAGGAGGUGAUGCGUCUGGCUGGUGGCUGGGGGAGACUGCUUCAUGACCGUCUGUGUGCUCCUGUCCUCGUGGAAAUUCUGAGCAUCAUCAGGAACCACAUAGAAACAAGAUGGCUGCCUGUCUUCCUGACGACGCCGGAGUUCAAUGAGAGACAGCAGCAGAGAGUCAGGGUAGGAGUCCAGGGUCUCAUCUACCUCGGGGUGAAGACGGAGUUUGUUCCUCACCUUAAAGCCUCCCGGCUGUAUGUUCCUGCGUGUUUAACCGCUCCUCUCCUGCAGCAGGUCAAGGGGACGUGGAUGACCUCUGCAGGGGAGAUCCUGGCUCUCCGGAGGGCCCUGCUCAACCCCGUCACGUGUCAUCAGUUCGGUCGCUUCGUCUCUCUGAAGGGAGACUUCCUGGAGAAUGACAUCCUGUUCUGGCUGGAGGUCCAGAGGUAUAAGGAUCUGUGUCAUUCCCACUGUGUGGAAGCUGUAGUCCAGGACAAGGUGUCCACCAUUAUCAGCUGUUUCAUCCAGUCCUCCGUCCCCCCAGCCCUGCAGAUAGACAUCCCCCCAGAGCAGGCAACACACAUCCUGGAGAGGAGGGGGGAGAUGGGACCAUACGUCUUCAGAGAGGCUCAGAUGUGUGUGUUCAGUGAGCUACUGAAGCUGUGGCCAGAGUUCCUGUCGUUCAGCAGCGGUGUGCAGGAGGAGGAGGUGCUGCCGCUGUUGCAGAACAGCGUGAACAAACAGAGUGCUAAACUGCAGCGUCGCAGGAGGAGAGAGGAGGAAAAGGAAGUGGAGAGGAGAGCCCAGGAGGAGGUGGAGAGGUUUCCAGAGGAGCAUGAGGAGAAACACAAAGGACUACAGGAGAGCAGAGAGCUGCUUUACCCUAGUCAACAGUUGUCUUGGUCCUACUCUAAAUACAUGGUCGCCCUGGAGAGAGAGGAGGUGCUGCUGAGGAGACAGGAAGUCACCUCCUCCACUGGGACAGACUCGUCCUCUGCCCACAGUCUGAAGUCAAAGGGCAGCAUACACUCCCGACAGAGCCAACACCAGACCCAGCAGAGCUCCAACGUCUCCCCCAGGACAGAGCCAACACCAGGCCAAGCAGAGCUCCAACGUCUCCCACAGGACAGAGCCAACACCAGACCCAGCAGAGCUCCAACGUCUCCCCCAGGACAGAGCCAACACCAGGCCCAGCAGAGCUCCAACGUCUCCCCCAGGACAGAGCCAACACCAGGCCCAGCAGAGCUCCAACGUCUCCCCCAGGACAGAGCCAACACCAGACCCAGCAGAGCUCCAACGUCUCCCACAGGACAGAGCCAACACCAGGCCCAGCAGAGCUCCAACGUCUCCCCCAGGACAGAGCCAACACCAGGCCCAGCAGAGCUCCAACGUCUCCCCCAGGACAGACAAUGGGCUUGUUUGAGUGGAAAUCCUGAAGCAAACCGUCUGCAGACGAUCGUGGAGAAAUGAACUCUGGGAAGGUGCAUCUGUUUCAGUGUUAAGUCUGAUACUGAUGUGACUUUCCAACAUGGCAGUGUUGACAUUUUUCAGAAAAGUUGUUUGUUUGUAGAAAUAAAUGUAAAAAAAUGUCUCUAUCCCCAUAUCACUGUAAAUGUGUGUAGCCUACAUUUGUACUGUGAACUGAGGAGAGAGACUCAAAUAUCACAUUUGGGGUGGCAGGGUAGCCUAGUGGUUAGAGCGUUGGACUAGUAACCGGAAGGU